UAUUUGAUGGUGUUCAACCUAUAAAACAACUUUUUAGUGGCGUUCGAUACCCGCGGAGUUUGUCAGUGAUUUUUUUCAUGGAAAUUGAAGACUUUUUUUAUCAAUAUUUACGUACAAAAGUGAUAGUAUUUUUACAACAGAUGAAUGUGAAACAACCUGUUGGACGACCAUUUAUUCAGAACUGUUUGAGAACAGACUUACCUUAAAUAAUUUCAAAAUAAAAUUUAGAUAGAAAUACUUGGGAUGAGCACAGGAUCUAUAGAACAGUCGGUUUCAGGAAGCUUAGUGCGUAGGGGGCUGAUUAGGGAUAACCAGAUGCAAGGUCUUCAAGGGGUACGAACCUCAAAUGGAAAUCAAGUUUCGACGCCUGGGCAAUCUCGUCCGACAGGAGCUCAAACCCAGUCCCCUAGGUCACUUUUUACAGAUAUUCCGAAAGGAUUGACUAGAAACAAUGUAACACUUGAAGGAGGUGGGAACUUUGAAGACGGUCGAGAAUACACCAUACGUGACAGUUUAGGGAAUUCAGCAGUAAUGACUUGGAAAAACGGAAAGUUUUGUUGCCGAAAUGAAGUGAAUGGAGUUACUUCAUUCCAAACCAUAACACAGAAUAAUGUGGUUCUCGAAGGCGGUGGACAUUUCAAAGCUGGCGAGAGAUAUCUUGUUAGAGAUCGAAAUGGAAACUCGGCUCAAAUGGUGUGGGAAAAUGGAUCGUUGAAGGCAGUUCCUAAAAGUACAGUGCCGAAUGAUUCGCAGACAAGUGGCGGCAAUAAUAAUUCAAUGGGCAGUGGUCAAAAUCAGGGAAAGAGCGCAAGUGCGGUUCUCAGGAGGCACAUAAUUGAUUCCCAGGCAUUAUUGCGUAGAAGUCUUAUCAGGGAUAAUCAAGGACAAACUGGACAAAGGAUGCCAAUUAGGUCAACUGGACAAGCUCAACAAACAGGUAUGCCACCACCCCCAGCUCCUCCUAUGAACCCCACAUCUACAUCACAACAAAUGGGAGGCUAUCCACCUCAGCCCCCAUUAUCACAGCAGUCAAAUAUGGGCGGACCUCCGCCUGGAAUGGGACCGCCUCCAGGAAUGAGACCGCCGCCUCCUAGUUGGAGAGGUCCGCCUCCACGAGGACCUCCUCCGCCUUUUGGUCAUUCAAGUGGACAGCAGGGAAAUUUAAGUGCUCAUCAUAGUAUAAAAAGUCUUGAAUUGGUUAAGUUAAUGAAACAAGUGUUGAAUAUGGGGUAUAAAAUGGAAAUGGUGAAACUUGUUGCUAAACAUCUAACGAAAGGAGGAACUGUAGUUCCAGAUCUAAACCUGUUUAUUGAUGCCAUGGAAAAGGUUAGGAACCAACAAGAAAAAGCAGCUGCCAUAAAUAAACCAGGUGCUACUGGGUUUUCACAGAACAUUAGCAAUAGUAACCGAGCUGGGACUUCAGGUGCUUCCAAAAUGGAAGAUGAAUAUCAUAAACUGAAAGAACAAAGACAGUGUAAGAUCUGCAUGGAGAAGGAUAUUGAGAUAACGUUUGUUCCAUGUGGACAUUUUGCUACGUGUGAACCUUGUGGAAAACCUCUACGUACAUGCCCAAUAUGCAGACAGUCAGUGAAAUCCUUCAUUAAGACAUUUAUGUCAUAAGCUCGUGUCAGGUGUGUCAAAUCCUUCAUGAAGACAUUUAUGUCAUAAGCUCGUGUCAGGUGUGUCAAAUCCUUCAUUAAGACAUUAAUGUCAUAAGCUCAUUACACAUGUCAAAUAUGUUGACAGACAAGUCAAAUCCUUCAUUAAGACAUUUAUGUCAUAAGCUUGUUACAUGUGACGGUGUCAAAUAAUUAUGUAAACAGAAUGUCAAAUCUUUUAUUAAGACAUUUAUGUCAUGAUCUCGUAACAUGUGUCAAAUAUCAUUAAGACAUUUAUGUCAUAAGCUUGUAACAUGUGUCAAAUAUGCUGACAGACAGUCAUAUCCUUCAUUAAAACAUUUAUGUCAUCGUUAAUUAUUUAUGUCAUAAACUUUUAACACAUGUCAAAUAUGCUGACAGUCAAAUUAUAAAACUACAACAUUUCAUUUUGGUUGAAAGAAAUGUAGAUGUUGUUCAGUGUUUGAAAUGCAGUUUAUUAAAGGCACAUUACGGCUGAGAGAUCCAUAAUUUUUUUAAUUGUUUAGGAAUUUCAAACAUGUGUUUAAUAUUGUUUAAAAAUGGAUCAAGAGCAUGUUAGACGAUUUACAACUGAAAAGUAGGGUUGCAGUUAUGUAUCAUAAUUUUAGCAAAAUGUAAACAAAAGUAGUAUUUUGACUUCUGUACAAAAUAGUAAUUAUGCCCCCAUUUCGAAGAAAAGGGGGUAUAUUACUUUGCACUUGUCGGUCCGUUGGUCUGUCGGUCCGUAGACCAAAUGGUUUCCGAGUGAUAACUAAAGAACCCUUAGGCCUAGGAACUUCAAACUUGGUAUGGUGAUUGGUCAUGACCAGUAGAUGACCCCUAUUGAUUUUGGGGUCAAAGGUCAAGGUCACAUUGACCUUGUAAGCAAAAACGGUUUCCGAUCAAUAACUAAAGAACCUUAAGGCCUAGGAACUUCAAACUUGGUAUGGUGAUUGGCCAUGAACAGUAGAUGACCCCUAUUGAUUUUGGGGUCAAGGGGUCAAAGGUCAAGGUCACAUUGACCUUGUAAGCAAAAACGGUUUCCGAUCAAUAACUAAAGAACCUUAAGGCCUAGGAUUUUCAAACUUGGUAUGGUGAUUGGUCAUGAACAGUAGAUGACCCCUAUUGAUUUUGGGGUCAAGGGGUCAAAGGUCAAGGUCACAUUGACCUUGUAAGCAAAAACGUGUUCCGAUCAAUAACUAAAGAACUUUAAGGCCUAGGAACUUCAAACUUGGUAUGGUGAUUGGUCAUGAUCAGUAGAUGACCCCUAUUGAUUUUGGGGUCAAAGGUCAAGGUCACAUUGACCUUGUAAGCAAUAACGGUUUCCGAUCAAUAACUAAAGAACUUUAAGGCCUAGGAACUUCAAACUUGGUAUGGUGAUUGGUCAUGAUCAGUAGAUGACCCCUAUUGAUUUUGGGGUCAAGGGGUCAAAGGUCAAGGUCACAUUGACCUCUUGGGUAAAACGGUUUCUGAUCAAUAACAAAAGAACCCUUAGGCCUAGGAACUUCAAACUUGGUAUGGUGAUUGGUCAUGACCAGCAGAUGACCCCUAUUGAUUUUGGGGUCAAGGGGUCAAAGGUCAAGGUCACAUUGACCUCUUGGGUAAAAACGGAACUUCAAACUUGGUAUGGUGAUUGGUCAUGACCAGUAGAUGACCCCUAUUGAUAUUGGGGUUAAGGGGUCAAAGGGCAAGGUCACAUUGACCUUGUAGGUAAAAAUGCUUUCAAAUCAAUAACUUAAGAACCCUUUGGCCUAGGAACUUCAAACAUGGUAUGGUGAUUGGUCAUGACCAGCAGAUGACCAAUUGAUUUUGGGGUCAAGGGGUCAAAGGUCAAGGUCACAUUGAGGUUGUAUGUUAAAACGGUUUCCGAUCAAUUAACUAAAAACGCUUAGGCCUAGGACCUUCAAACUUUGUAUGAUGAUUGGUCGUGACCAGCAUAUGACCCCUAUUGAGUUUUGGGUCAAGGGGUCAAAGGUUAAGGUCAUGACCAGUAGAUACUUGAUAACCCUUAUUAAUUGUUUGAUCACUGGGUCAGAAGUCAUGCAUAAUAACCUUAUCACAUGACUAAUUGGCUGCUGAUAGUGGGCAUACAUGUUUUACAAACAUAUCUUGUUCAAUAUAAUUAUACCAAUUGCUAAGAAAGCAAAAGGAGCAAAGAUAAUUCAUCUAUAUGGCAAAUGAGUAUUUAUUAAUGAAAUUGUAAUAUGAUAGCAAAAAAUAAAAGGUUUUGAGAAAUGAUUCUGAUUUCUGAGGCAUAAUGGGUCUUUAACCCAUAUUUACAACAACAAAAAAUAGUUCCCAAGGCUUUAUGUGCCUUCAAAAAUUACUGAUAUUUGAUUUUCUCAUAAAUGUAUAUUGCUUUUUUAUGACUUAUUAUUUCUGUUAUGAAUUGUAUUUGAUAUUAUAAAAGUUAGUGUUUCCAAGUUGUGACUUUGAAUUAUUUUUGUUUCAUUUGUUAGGGGUGUCUGUGGCUGAGUGGUUAAGGUUGUUGACUGUAAAUCACUUUCCCCUAACUGAUGUGUGUUUAAAUCCUGCCAGGUUUUAUCAAUUCUAACAUGUUGAGAAGUUGUGUUUGUUUGUUUUGGCCAAAGAGCUUUCAGGCUGUAUAAAAUGUAACUGCAAGUAAGUUAUGGGUGUGAGGGAGUUUUAGAAGUAUGAGCCGUGUCAUGACAAAACCAACAUAAUGGGUUUUCGACCAGCAUGGAUCCAGACCAGCCUGCGCAUCCGCACAGUCUGAUCAGGAUCCAUGCUGUUCGCUUACAAACCCUAUAACAAGUAGAGGAUCUGAUAGCGAACAGCAUGGAUCCUGAUCAGACUGCGCGGAAACCCACUAUGUUGGUUUGUCGUGACACGGCUCAUAUGUUCCAUAUUCCCUUUUAUUGUGAAUUUAUUUUUUUUGAUUAGAAUAGAUAUUCCCUUAUGAUUUUGAAUUUAUUUUGUUUGAUUAGAAUAGAUUUUCCUUUUUUAUUUUGAAUUAAAUUUUGUUAAUUAAACAAAAAAUAAUUUUCAUGUGAGUAAAUAUAUACAUUAUACUAUAGGCAAUAUAUUUUAUUGAAGUAAAGCAUUGAUUUGUUUAAACUUUGUAUGAUAAGCUUUCUGCUAAAUUUGUUUUUCAUAAAUUUUGAUGUUAAUCAAUUUAUCAAAUUUAAUAUACCUUAUUCAACAGUUAAUAUAUGGAACAUUAUUUAAUUGUAUAAAUUUUCAAUUGAGUAGUACCAUAAUUAUUGUGUUCCUGUGAAAUAAAAAAAAAAUGUUUUUAUUUCAUUUUAUUUAUUAGGAAAUUUUAAAUCAAGUUAAAUUAUCAUAUUGUAUGUAUGUUUGCAUAGAAUAUUACUAUGUAUACUGAAUUUUGCAUGUAUUUUUCUUUGUUAAUUUCUUAAAGGCUUAGAAAUAAAUAUGCUUUUGGUUGCCCUACCUAAGACAUUUUUUUUGAACUGUUAGCCAUAGACUUUUUAUGCCCUUGCUCUAUUGCCCCUGACUAAGUAAAAAAUGUGCAAUUUUCAACUUGUGUCUUGUGUAACUUGAAAAAACAUUUGACCAAGAAUCAUGAAACUUUAGUUUACAGGACAGUAUGGUCAGUAUGUGUAGUUGUGCAUCUGGGGUUUUAUUUGUUUUUAUUUCCUUUUAAAUAUACUUAAGAACAUAAAAUUGAUUUGAAGUUCUUGCUGCACAAUAUUGGGGGAAAAUCAAGAUGUCAAUAUUAGAAAAAUUGGAAGUUGUCUUUAUGUACAAACCACUAAUGGGUAGUGGGAAUCAUGUAGAAUUUCCUUUAUCUCUCCAUCAUACUGUCCUGCUCUGUAUGUCAGUAGACUAACAAAACAGUAGAAUGUAUGGGCAUCCAUGUCCUAUGGACAUAUUUCUAGGUUGGCCUUUCAUUUUCUGAAUUUCAAAAUUUUGUGUUAAAAUUAUAUCAUAUAUGUGUAUAUGUACCAGUAACUAAUUAUACAAUAUUUUUGAUUAAAAAAAUCCUGCCUAUCCUAUUUUAAGCUCACCUGGGCACAAAAUCCUUACCUGGGCACAAAAUUCUCACCUUGGCACAAAAUCCUUACCCAGACAUGCUUACCUGGACACAUGGCUCACCUGGGCACAAAAUCCUCACCUGGACAUGCUUACAUGGGCCCAAAAUCCUCACCUGGACAUGCUUACCUGGGCACAAAAUCCUCACAUUGACACAUGCUCACCUUUGCUAGGACAUGCUUACCUGGGCACAAAAUCCUCACAUCGACACAUGCUCACCUUUGCUAGGACAUGCUUACCUGGGCACAAAAUCCUCACAUUGACACAUGCUCACCUGAGCUAGGACAUGCGUACCUGGGCACAAAAUCCUCACAUUGACACAUGCUCACCUGAGCUAGGACAUGCGUACCUGGGCACAAAAUCCUCACAUCGACACAUGCUCACCUGAGCUAGGACAUGCGUACCUGGGCACAAAAUCCUCACCUGAACACAUCCACACCAGAACGCUUGCUCAGAGGAUGCUUAUGAUUCUGUUGGCCGUCACAAUCUUUGGAUAUUGAUGGAUUUGAAUAAAGUGUGCAGGAUUAACCCUUUGGUGACCCCUUUAUACAAAUUAUAUGUAUAGUUCUAGUCUGAUGCAUAAAUAGGUCAUCUCUCAAGCUAAAAAUAGUCUUUAGAGCUAAAAAUAGUCUUCAACAGUAUUCCCUUGAGGUUGGACACCCUCUACAAAGUUAUAUGAGUCAGGCCCCUGAGCUCUAAAUUGGCUCCCCACCAAGGGUCACUUAAUUUAUUAACACUUAAAUGGCAGACUACAAUGCCCAGAGCUUAGAUAUUUGGCAUUUAGCAUUGACUAAUGAAUAACAGAAUUUACAUAAAUCAUGCCCUUCUAGGUAAAAAUUUCCCAACCCAGUGACCUAGGGGUCAUUUAGUUUAUAUAGAGUUCUAUAGCAAAUGUGUCUUAAAAAUCACAUCCUCUUAAACAGCAUGGAUAAGAACUUAGAUAUUUGGCACAUAGCAUCACCUUGUGGUCCUCUACAAAUGUUAUAUAGAAAAUACCCUGGUUGUUAAAAUUUAACCCCGCCCUAGUGGUAUCGUAAGUUAUAAAGAUCUGUAUUGUUAACACAUUUGAGACCUCAUGUGUGAAUAACCUAGAUAUUUGGGAUCAAGUAUUUAUUAGAGGACAUCUACAAACAUUUGAAAAAUAAUGAAGCUUUGGUAAAAAAAAAUAAUGAUGCACCAAAUUUGACCUUAUUACAUACUUCUGCAUUAAAUAAUGUGACCUUUUCUAAAAUGAUGCACCAAAGUUGACCUUAUUACAUACUUCUGCAUUAAAAAAUGUGACCUUUUCUAGCAACGAAACUAAGGUGAGUGAUCCAGGACUUACAAAGACCUCUUGCUUCUUCUUAUUUUAGACUGAGACCUGAAACAAAACUUAGCCUUUGAUUGGUAUUAUGAUUUUUUAUGAAUGCAUGUGCAGUUUAAUUGUUAAUUGCUUUUUUCACAUAUGUAUAAAGUAUAUUUUUGAAUACAUUAAAAGUGAAUUUAAAAAUGA